AUGGCUACCUUCUUCAACUUCGACCAAUACAGUGAGGGCGCUCUGAGUAUUUCAUCUACUGCACUGAGGGUGGAUGCACCGAUAGGCACGUUCUCUAGUAACGCAAACCCCUAUGAGCCAGGGUCCUUCCUGAACGGGAUCACUUCUUUUAGGCCAAACUACAAUGUAUACAUCCUCCACGACUCUGGCGCUGCGCACGGCGCAAGUCAAAGGAAUUGUGUGAUCAGCUUCACGGUACCGAACCAGACUACCUUCUCACGCCUAUCUCUGGACAUACAGCACAAUUCAGGUUCCCCCGGACUGGUCGCUCCCAUCUCGAUAGCUUUUGAGGCCUCUACCACCGUCGACUUUCAGAAUGCCACUCAGCUUGGGACCCUCGACUCCGUCUUCAGCGGGCCCGAAGGUCAUUUUCUGACCUUCGCUCACACAGUCUCUGGCGACGUCCACUUUCGCCUCCGCUGUACCUCACCAAUCCCGGAUGGCAGCAACUAUAUCUCCUAUGCCAACGUCAGAAUAGCUUCAUAUUCCGAAGCAGUGACUCGCUCUCGAUUGAUGACACAAUGGCACAAGUACUUUGUCUCAGGAUUGCACUUUACCUUGAGCUUUACCGAUCGAGAUCACGCCUCAUUGGGUAUGGCUACACCAGACGAAAGGAAUCCUGGUAGUCAGAUAGCUUAUUUGACCCCGGACUGCGUUGCCAUGUUUUCUUUUGAGGCUGUCGAUCAGCUGGACUACAAUCAGGGGUACCGGAUCAUCAGCGACAGCAAAUAUGUCGGUCCCAUGGAUAUUUUUCGCCGCUCAGACUGUAUAUCGUUUGUCGCGGAGGCGAAUCGAGCCUUGAUAUUCUUACCAGACUUCUCGGACACCUUGACAUUCGUCCUCAGGAAUAUCGCUGAUGGUCAGCUUCUUACUCGUCCAUGGGACUAUACAGUUGAUAUUGGCCUACAAAGUCGGUGUGCGGUAGUUCUCGCGCAGCUGAACUCACCCUUGUACGGUGCGACACAGCAGAUCUUCCGCAUGCCAGCCUGGGCCUUGCGAGAAGCACAGAUGGCAAACCUGCCGUCGGACCUUCGUGUCAUUGUCAGCUCCUCUGGUAGAUGUCUAUACGCCAAUGGGGAUCAGCUAGCAUGGGGAAUGUCGCCGCAGAGUGACGCUGCAGUAGUAUCCUUCAUCGCGCCCGAGUUGACGUCAAUUCACGCUGGUUACUUACUUGUAGUUGGCGGCAAGUACGUGAAGAUGACAUCCACAGACGUAGUUCUUGGAUUGACCACCAAUAUGGCCGAUGCCACACACAUCUGUGUGAACGCGACAGCGAAUGGCACACUAUCAUUCUGGAUGUGUCAGAGCGACUAUGUUCUCGCCCCAAAUAACGACACGCCUGUGUUCACGGUCUGCGACGAUCCGCGGGCGGUUGUUCCAACCUGGCAGAUACUCGAGCCGGAGGUGCAUGUCGAGCAAACUAUGGUCGUGAACGACUCCCCAGGAGCAAUCCAUACUCUGAGUAACACAACUUACAUCAAAGCAAUUGUUCAAAGGCUCAACAGGACAAGUCUCGAGAAGGAAGGAUCUCUUUGGAAUUAUUCUUUCGACAACGCUCUUCCUGCAGAUUGGUUGAUAAUCACACCCGAGCAUUGCUUCGAUCCCUACAGCACAUUCGAGAUGCGAAUUCCCGCUGAUGGUGCAAAUGACUUCAACCUCAAGUCCUGCGAUGGGUCAUCGCCUGAUCCGACACAUCCUUGUGUCUCAUUGGCUUCGUCAGUCAGUGUCCCAGGAGGAACACCGUUGAAACUCCAUGCUGGUCAUUCGCGCCGAAUCUACGAGGAGAUGUACAAUCAUAUCAUCUCCGGCCGCCACUUCAUUGAUAUCGCCAGUCUAUUGAGAAAGGACGCCACGCCGAGUGGCGAGUUUCUUGCCGCUGUGCGGAACGCAAUUACAAGGCUAAGCAAAACUGCUGAGGCAAUGAAUGUGGUCAUUCGCUUGAUAUUCGGUGAGCCUCUAGGGUGGGCCGGAGAUCUAGGGUUGCCCUUCAUUCCCGGAACAGGUCCUUACCGUGCAGCACCUGCGCUCUUGCUUGAUCUUGUGCGAGACGUACCGAGUGACACUUAUUCCCAGAUGCAGAUUUAUCUAGCCUAUACCUCUUCAGCUGCGUCGCUCACUUGGAAUCACUCCAAGAUCGUCGCGGUAGAUGGUCAGAGGGCUCUUGUUGGAGGGCACAACAUGUGGGACGGCGCAUACCUCGGCGAUAAUCCCGUACUGGAUGUGUCGAUGAAAACGGAAGGACUGUCUGCCGUGGACGCUCACAGGUUCGCGGAGAAUCUCUGGUUUGAUCAAGUGAUUGCCCAUGGAGACUACUGGGCCGCCGAUGCAGCAGCAUUUCGUCCCGGCUUGCCGAAUCGCAUAGUGGUCGGGCAACGCAGCGUACCACCGCCUCGUCUCUUCGCUUCUUUCUACCCUGGUAAUUCAGGCGAGCCAGGUCGUUACGUUGGUAGAGGCAUUCCAAUAUUAUCGGUUGGAAGAGAAGAAGGCAUGAUUGCAGACAGUGCACCAAGCGACAUUGCAUUUGUAAGUCUGCUCAACUCUGCUACAGAGUCAAUCUAUAUCUCUGCACAAGCAAUGAGCCAUGCUCCAAUUAGUGGUCGUAAUUGGCUGGAGACCUUUUUGAAUGGAUUAGCAGAAGCACUGAAGAGAGGUGUAACGAUUGCACUUUUUUUGUCAAAUCCUGCGUCCGGAGCAUACGAAGGUGAUUCACCUGUAGAUGUUCUAGGUCAAAUUCAAGCACGUAUCACUGGAAGAACUAACACCGAGAUAAACUCACUUAUGCGGAACAUUGCAGUGCGAUCACUACCAUCGAGCACGACCUGGGGUCUGGCUAAUCAGUAUGGCAUCUCAAAUCACGCGAAAGUCAUCUUAGUCGACAAAAAGGCCUUCAGCAUCGGAUCGCAGAACUACUAUCCGUCCACGCCGGCGACUAUGUCAGAGUUCAGCUACAUUGUCGAAGACACGACAGCCGCUCAGCUUUUAUACGACACGUACAUGAGCAAGAUGGAAGCUUGGGCACUACCGUCGCCAACGCCACUCUCACUCCCUGAUCUUACGAGCUACGUAGUGACCAUCACGAACAUUUGGUGCCAGCAGACUUCGGCAGGGCCUGGUGAAGAUCAGAUUUAUCUGGAGCGAGCUGGUAGCCGGAUCUGGCCGCAAAACUCCUGGUACGAAACCUUCACGCCUCUACGCUCUAGCGUCGUCUCCGGUGUGGAUCUGCCAGCGGUACGCACGAUCGACAACCCCCAAUUUGUGAGACUUAUGGAGUGGGAUUACAUUGCAGACGACAUAUUGACUCAAGUCUCUUUCCAUCCGAAUCAAGUCCUCAGCUGCAAAACGGGCGCCGAAGAAUUGAAAAGCAAGAAGCUCUCAGAUUUGGUACCAGAAGUGAUAUAUCGGACCUAUGGAGAUAUGAGAGACGAUAGGGCUGUUUACACCCUAGCUUUCAAGUUCUCGAAGGUUCCUCAACCUAAUCCUUCGUAA